CGCACUCGGACGUGUCUUUUGUUUGUUUUCCUUUGGAUCCAAACGGAUCCGCCUCGUUUCGUACCGCUACCGCUCCGCUGCGUGCCGUCAACAACAGUUGGCCCCGUAGAAUAACAAUAACAGAGCCCAGCGGCAAUGCGGAGCGCACUGGAGUUUCAAGGAGCUAACUUGCCAAUGCAAAUAUAAUGUGACAGGACAGGACAAGAUGGACUUCCAGAAUCGCAACAAUACGGCCAAUAAGUUCGUCUGUCCGAGCGAUAGGCAACUUGCCCUGCGUGCCAAACUAAAAGCCGGCUGGAGCAGCUCGAAGUCCAGUGAGCCGCUGCGUCCGGAGGAGCAGGAGGCGAUCAUCUCGGUGAUCCGGCGCAACGAGGAGAUCGAGGUGGCCGAGCGACAGCGGGUGGGUCGGCUGGUGGAGCGGGUCGAGAAGAUUAAGCAGCAUGCCGUGGAGCGCGGACCCAACUGCUGUCGCCUCUGCGGCGAUACCUUCGGCAUCCUGCGGCCGCAGCGCAUCCUGUGCGAGGACUGCCGCCAGUCGGUGUGCGCCAAGUGCAGCGUGGACAUCAACAUCCGCUACCACACCAGCGAGCGGACCCGCGAGAUCUGGCUGUGCCGCAUCUGCUCCGAGACCCGCGAGAUGUGGAAGAAGUCCGGUGCCUGGUUCUUCAAGGGCCUGCCCAAGUACGACAUGCCGCGCAGCGCCAGUGCCACGCCCAUUCCCAACCCGGGACUCCCCGGAUCAAUGGCAGGAGACGCGAUACGGGCCGUAUCCGUUCAAAGUUGCCAUGCGACGCCGACACGUCCGGCGCGGGUGAAGAAGCUAACGAUCCGGGUGAACGACAGCAGUUCCAGCAGCAGCGGCCAUUCGGACCCGGAGGACGAGGUGGACGCCGGCAAUGGCCUGAGCGUGGGCGGUGCCAACGGGGACGUGGCCAAGGGCAUGUCCUCCGGCCGAUUGCAACGGGAGGAUAGCUUCCGUCUGAGGGCCUACGGCUCCAUACGCAGCUUCAUCGACGGCGGCGAGCGGAAGUUGUCCAACUCCUUCUUCUUUGGCCGCCAGCAGAGCCAGCGGCCGUCGGAGUGUCCCGAGUACGACAGCGUCAGCAUGUCCAAGCUGAGGCGGGAGAGCAGCUUCCUCCGCCGCGGCUCCGUCAGCUCCUCCUGGUCGAUCAGCGACAGUUCCGGCUCCGGAUCCGGCAACUCGGGCAACUCCCAGUCGCAGUCGCAGUUCCAGCAGCAUCAGCAACAGCAGCAGCACUGCAGAGAUCCGCUCCUCGGUUGGCUGGAGAUCGCCAUCAGCUAUCGGGAGGCCUUCCACAGUCUCGACUGCACCAUGAUGCGGGCUCGGGACUUGCCCGCCAUGGACUCGUCCGGACUGACCGAUCCGUACUGCAAGCUGAACAUCAUCACGCCGGAGGCGCACACCAAAUACACGCGAUGGCAGCGCACCAAAACGGUGCACAAGACACGCAAUCCGGAGUUCAACGAAACGCUGCAGUUCGUCGGCGUGGAGCCGGAGGAGCUGGGCAACUCGCUGCUCUACGUGGCCCUCUUCGACGACGACAAGUACGGCCACGACUUCCUCGGCGCGGCCAAGGUCUGCCUUUCCACGGUGCACAGCACAUCGCAGUACCGGAUUUCGGUGCCACUGGGCGUGGAGGACCAGUAUAGUAAUGCGGCGGAGAUGGCUCAGAAUUGGCCCAACGGCAAGAUGCUCCUCUCACUUUGCUACAACACCAAGCGAAGGGCGCUGGUGGUGAAUGUGAAGCAGUGCAUCAACCUGAUGGCCAUGGACAACAACGGCAGCUCCGAUCCCUUCGUCAAAAUACAACUCAAACCGGAUGCGCACAAAAACAAGAAGCACAAGACCAGCGUCAAGUGGCGCACGCUCAAUCCAAUCUACAACGAGGAGUUCUACUUCGAGGCGAGUCCCCACGACCUCAACAAGGAGAUGCUCAUCCUGACCGUCUGGGACAAGGAUCUGGGCAAGAGCAACGACUUCCUUGGCAGCCUGCAGCUGGGCGCCCAGAGCAAGGGUGACCGCCUGCAGCAGUGGCUCGACUGCAUCCGAUUGCCGGACCACUUCCAUGAAAAGUGGCAUUGCCUCGCCCCCGAAAAUCCCGCCCAUUGAGAUGCCCCAUCCAAUCCAAACUCGAUCCACCCCAAUCCAAUCGAUUCGAUCUUAUCUGAGUCGAAAUGGAAUUUUUCCCUUAAGACACAUUUUUACGAACUGAUUUCUCAGACAAGUUGAAAAUUCACAGUUGGUGGAAUGCCACAUAAUAGAAUUUUCAAUUUUCAAGAAGAUUAAUACAAAAUAUUCUACUUACAGUUUUUAUGGAAGAAGUCAAUACCCGGAAUAUUGAUUCAGGAUCCUUUUUCCAAAAAUUUAAAAUAGUUUUCUUUUUAAAUAAUUAAAUAUUUUUAAAAAUGAAAAAAUAAAUUUUUUGAUUUUAGUAGAUCAGAUUUUUAAAAUUUCUUUGGCUUUAUAUGAUGAGCUUUAACAUACAUAUUUUAUAGGUCAAAUAUUUAAUACUUUCAAUAAUAACAUUUAAUGAAGUUUUUCCGAUAAUAGUAUGAUUAUAUAAACAGCAUUACUAUUAAUGGUAAUCGAAAUUUUUUAGGAAAACUAUGCAGAGAAAUCAGGUCGCGAAAAUAAAGCUUUAGCUCCAAAUAUACACAUAUAUAUUACCAUAUACAUACAUAUAUAUUAUAUACAUAUAUUUUUGAUAAGCCUGAGUGGGUGUGAGCGAGAACUAGCAAAAGAGAGAAAGAGAGCGCGAGUAAUAUUGUGUGUUUGAGUGACUGCUUUCCAAAAUCUCGUACGUAACCCCAAUUUUCUAUGUCUAUACUUUGGCUCUUAACGGCAUUUUUGUACACUGUAUAUAGCUUGUUUAAGUGUCCUUACCAAGGGUUAACCAACAUCAAAAUCUUUUCGAUUCAUUGCUAAUUUCAAUCUAUAAUCAAACGUAUACUUAUGUACUUCAAUAUAUCGAAAUAUAUACAUCUAUAUUCUCAAAAAAAAUUCCUGUGUCUUAAUUUUGAAGUGGUGAACGAAAAAAAAUAUCUCCUCAGAAAAUUUUCUUUGUGAAACAUAUACUUACAUGGAAUCGGGACAUCGAAACCUUAAAUUAUUAAAAAUAAGAAACUUUCUUAUAAUUGUAUAGCUUUUAAAGUCAAAAUCCCUGCUUAAAACUUUUAGGUCACAAUAAAAUCGAUUAAAAUGUGUUUAACAUAUUGUAAUUUUAACAAAACCUUUUUGAAGGAAAAAUCAGAUAAUCAAGCUUUUGUACACAAUUGAUAGGGAAGCGAAAAC